CUUAAUGAUCCCUAAGAACUCACAUGAACUGAGCAAAUGAGAUAGAAGCAUGGCACUAUUGAUUAUACCGAUUACCUGCUUUGGGAGUACUCUUGUUACUUCCCAGCCUUGCCAGACUCCUGAUGACUUUGUGGCUGCCACUUCUCCAGGACAUAUCAUGAUUGGAGGUUUAUUUGCCAUUCAUGAGAAAAUGCUGCCCUCAGAAGACUAUCCCAGACGACCAGAAAUCCAGAAGUGUGUUGGCUUUGAAAUAUCAAUUUUUCUUCAAACUCUUGCCAUGAUUCAUAGCAUUGAGAUGAUCAACAAUUCAACACUAUUAUCCGGAGUCAAACUGGGGUAUGAAAUCUAUGACACCUGUACCGAAGUCACAGUGGCGAUGGCAGCCACUCUGAGGUUUCUCUCUAAGCGCAACUGCUCCAGAGAAAUUGUGGAGUUUAAGUGUGAUUAUUCCAGCUACAUGCCAAGAGUUAAGGCUGUAAUAGGUGCUGGCUACUCAGAAAUAACAAUGGCUGUCUCCAGGAUGCUGAAUUUACAGCUCAUGCCACAGGUGAGUUAUGAAUCAACUGCAGAAAUCCUAAGUGACAAAAUUCGCUUUCCUUCAUUUUUACGGACUGUGCCCAGUGACUUCUAUCAAACUAAAGCAAUGGCCCACCUGAUUCAGAAAUCUGGAUGGAACUGGAUUGGCAUCAUAGCCACAGAUGAUGACUACGGACGACUGGCCCUCAACACUUUUGCAGUUCAGACCGCAGCAAAUAAUGUGUGCAUAGCUUUCAAGGAGGUUCUCCCAGCCUUCCUCUCAGAUGAUACCAUUGAAAUCAGGAUCAAUGAGACCCUUGAGAAAAUCAUCGCAGAAGCCCAGGUUAAUGUCAUUGUGGUAUUUCUGAGGCAAUUCCAUGUUUUCAAUCUCUUCACUAAAGCUAUAGAAAGGAAUAUAAAUAAGAUCUGGAUUGCCAGUGAUAACUGGUCCAUGGCCACCAAGAUCACCACCAUCCCUAAUGUUAAAAGGAUUGGCAAAGUUGUGGGGUUUACCUUUAGAAGAGGGAAUAUGUCUUCUUUCCACUCCUUUCUUCAAAACUUGCAUAUGUUUCCCAGAGAUAAUAACAAGCCCCUAAAUGAAUAUGCCAUGCUCUUGUCUGCCUGUGCACAUGUCAAGGACAGUGAUUUGAGUCAGUGCAUUUCCAGCCGCUCUCGGGGGACUUUGGCCUACACGGCUAACAAGGAUAUAGAAAGGAACUUCUCCCUGAGAAAUGAUUUCCUGUGGGAUUACACUGAACCAGGACCUGUUCACAGUAUCCAGCUCGCAGUUCUUGCCCUUGGUUAUGCCAUUCGGGAUCUCUGCCAAGCUCGAGACUGUCAGAACCCCAACGCCUUUCAACCAUGGGAGUUACUUGAUGUAUUAAAAAAUGUGACAUUCACUGAUGAAGGGAAUUCAUUUCAUUUUGAUGCCCAUGGGGAUAUGAAUACUGGAUAUGAUGUUGUGCUCUGGAAGGAGAUUGGCGGCCACAUGACUAUCACCAAGAUGGCACAAUAUGAUCUGAGGAAUGAUGUCUUCAUCAUCACAGACCAAGAAACAAAAAAUGAGUUCAGAAAUCUUAAGCAAAUUCGAUCUAAAUGCUCCAAGGAAUGCAGUCCUGGGCAAAUGAAAAAAACUACAAGAAGUCAACAUAUCUGCUGCUAUGAAUGUGUGGACUGUCCUGAAAAUCACUACAGUAACCAGACAGAUAUGGAUCACUGCCUCUUAUGCAACAAUGAAACUCACUGGGCCCCUGUCAGGAGCACAAGGUGCUUUGAAAAGGAAGUGGAAUAUCUCAACUGGAAUGAUUCCUUGGCUAUACUGCUCCUGGCCCUCUCCCUACUAGGAAUCAUCCUUGUUCUGGCCAUUGGCAUAAUAUUUACAAGAAACCUGAACACACCCAUUGUAAAAUCAUCUGGGGGAUUGCUGGUCUGCUACGUGAUCCUUCUCUGUCAUGUCCUCAACUUCGCCAGCACAGGCUUCUUCAUUGGAGAACCACAAGACUUCACAUGUAAAACCAGGCAGACUGUAUUUGGUGUGAGCUUCACUCUCUGCAUCUCCUGCAUUUUGAUGAAGUCCCUGAAAAUUCUGCUAGCCUUCAGCUUCGAUCCCAAGUUGCAGAACUUCUUGAAGUGCCUCUAUAAACCGAUCCCCAUCAUCUUCACUUGCACAGGUAUCCAGGUUGUCAUUUGCACAAUCUGGCUAAUCUUUGCAGCACCUGCUGUGGAAGAGAAUGUCUCCUUGCCCAGAGUCAUUAUCCUGGAAUGUGAGGAGGGAUCCGUCCUUGCAUUUGGCACCAUGCUGGGUUAUAUUGCCAUCCUGGCCUUCAUUUGCUUCAUAUUUGCAUUCAAAGGCAGGAAAUUACCUGAGCAUUACAACGAAGCCAAAUUCAUAACAUUUGGCAUGCUCAUUUAUUUCAUAGCUUGGAUCACAUUCAUCCCCAUCUAUGCUACCACAUUUGGUAAAUAUUUGCCAGCUGUGGAGAUUAUUGUUAUUUUAAUUUCUAACUAUGGGAUCCUGUGUUGCACAUUCUUCCCCAAAUGCUAUAUUAUUCUUUGUAAGCAAGAGGCUAACACAAAAUCUGCCUUUCUCAAGAUGAUUUACAGUUACUCUUCCCACACUGCAAGCAGCCUUGCCAUUAGUCAUGUUUCACUGGACUCCACUAACAGCAGUAUCACAACGACCAAUCCCAGCUCUAGUGGCAAGUCUGCAGCCUGGCAGGAAAGCAAGGAUCUUCAGGCACAAGCAUUUGCACACAUAUGCAGAGAAAAUGCGAUAAGUGUACCUAAAAUUUUACCUCGAAAAAGAAUUUCAAGUAUAUGAAGGAGUCCUGAAGAGAUGGCAUGUUCGAGAAUAAAAUGUUUCUAGGAUCUUUGUAUUUAAAAUGUACAUUUAUUUUCCAGUGAAUAUAUAGUUUGUUUUUCUUCACUGCCACCAUGUUCACCAAUGCUCCCUCUGUCUAACCACCUGUUUAACAGAGAAAAUAGAGCCCUCAACCUGAAACUGCCUUGGUUCCUCCUUCUGCGUCCAUCUUUACCUCCUUCCUGUUAGCCAUGUUUUUAUUCAAUAUUAGCCCAUGUUACAUCAUCCUUGUAAUAUCCUCUGUCUCCUCUUCUCAAACUUCUUCAUAUGGGUUCUCCUUCUCUUCCAAAGCAUCUUUACCUUUCCGCCUUCAUUGCUCAGUUUAGUUGAACAAGCAUUUUAGCAGUUACCAUGUGCCAGGUCGUAUGCUAAAUACAAAGGUACAAGAAGGAUCAAGGCAUCAUUUCUGACCUCUAGGAGUUCAAAAUCCAGGAGAGAGGGUCACAUAUCAACAUUUUCACUUCAGUGUGGAGAAUUCUGAUUGCCAUGUGCAUAAGGCACUGUAACAGUAUAGUGAAGCAGCACUUAGUCACCCUGGGAGAUGAUGAGAGAGCUUCAAAGAAAGCUAACUAUGACACUUAGGUAAAGUCUCGAAAGAUUAAUAAGAGUCAGCUAAUCAAAGAAAGUACAGAAAACUGUUCCAGAUAAAGGGGGAAAGCAAGGAGCAGCAGAAGAAAGGGUCAAGAAGGUACACUCGGGGGAGUACAGCCAUUUGGUAUUACUAGAGAGGAGUCCUGUUUUGUAUGUAGGGGUUAGGUCAUGAAGGAAUACCACAGACUGGAGUUUUUUCAUAGGAAGCUUAGAUCUUUAUCUUGUGAGUUGAAGGUCAUCAAGAUGACAGGUUCAAAGUCUCAUUUUAGGAAGAUCACUCUGAAACAGGAUAGAGGAUGGAGUCUAAUUGGGAGAGGAUUCGGAUCUACACGAGGGAAAAGAGAAAAGAAUAUGAAUAGGUAUCUAAGCUAUAUAGGAAGUGGUACUUUACUUCAUGUGGUUGGUGAAGGGUGAGGUAUGACCUUCUUAUCUGGUUUAUUGGAGGAGAUAUGCAAUAUGGGAAGAAGACUGGUUUAGAGUAGGAGAUGGAAUAUUGAAUUUGAGGUGCCUGGAGUAAUUUCAAGAUGUAUCAAGCAAUCGUAUGGAUAUAAGACUCUGAGCCCAGGGGACCAGGUCAGAGCUGCUAAUAAGGAUUUGAAUGCCAUGUUCACACUGCUGCCCAUCCUUAUAAAACAGAUAAACAUACAAAAUAACAUUGUCUCCAGUCUUGACAACCUCUUUAACUACAACUCUCUUUCUUCCUCUUCUCCACAACUGAAUGUUUGAAGGAAUAGUGUCAUUAUUGACUUGGACCCACUGAGCCCACUGAAAUCUGGCUUCUAGUUGUACCACUCUGCCAAAGUAGUUCAAAGAACAGCUGUCUGUGGCUUUUUAUCUAUCAGAUUCAAUGGUGAUUCUUAAGCCUUCAUCUCCCUUGAAUCUGAUGGGCAUUUGUGGUGUAAUUCCUCCUCCCUGAAAUUCUCCUUCUUCAUUCCCUACAUGAUAUUCUAAAGCUUCCAAUUAUUCAAAACUCUUCAAUCUGAUGCAAAGACUCUUUUGGUUCUAUUCUGGCAUCCUGAGCAUAUGUCUUCGUCCAUUUGACUCUCAAAUAUGGGUAAUCCCCAGAGUGCCAUCCUCAAUCUAAAUCCCUUUUCUCUCUAUCCACUUUCUUGCUACAAUACCAUCCAUCUCCAUACCUUAACUUUGGCCCAGAUAACUCCCCCAAACCAUGUCUCUGGUCACUCUAAUCAACUCACAUUCUUGUCCCUUGUACUUUGACUUGUCGAAGUCAACAUGUUUAACAUUUGAUCCAUUACUUCCUUUUCCUGGCCCCUCCUCCUGUUUUCCAUUUCUCAGCAUAUUAUACCACCUUUGGAUUCAUCAGAACCCUGCAGAUCAUCUUAUUCAUCUCUGACCCCACCAUUUGCUUCACCUUUCUAUACCUUUAAUUCAUCACCUGUCUUUUGUUUUCUAACUUUUGAAUUUUCUCAAAACCUUGCCAAGACCUCUAUCCCUGUCAUCACUUCCUUAACCUAGGCCUUCAUAAUCUCUUUCGUAGAUAUUUACAACAGCUUCCUACUUUGACUCUGAUCUCUCAUUUUAUUUCAAACACAGAGUUCUUACAAGCCUUCCAUUCAUUUCUACCUCAUGUAUUCCUAGAGUAAAAACCUCUUCAUGUUACUCAGUUGUCCUAAAACCUCUAAUAAGUCAAAAUUUCUUAUCUUGAUGCCCAGACUCUCCAUGCCCAGGAACAAUGGCUGCCCCUUCCUAGCUGGUAUGUUACCCUUGAAAAAUGGUCACCCGCUGGUGAUCGUCUGUACCCAUACCAUGCUACUCCAUGCCUCAGAGUCUGCCUCUCCUCUUGGCCUUGAUGUCCUUUCCACCUCUGUCCUCCUAGAACAUUCUAGCUAAUCCACCAGACACAAUCAAGUGUUUUCCCUUCUACCAGGACUUUCUUUCUGCCACUGUCACAGCACCUAUUACACUUCAUUGCAUUCACAUGUUUUUAGUUUAAUUUAUUCCACUAACAUUUAUAAGUGCCUACUAUGUGCCAGGUAUAAUUCUAUGCACAGGGCAUAUACAAUGAUAAAGGACAGACAAGUUCUCUCCUCUCAAGGAGUUUAUAUUUAGUGUUUUCAUCAUUAUGCAGUGAGCAAUCAGUUCUCCUUUGGAUCAACGUUCUUGGCUGCCCUUUCCUCUCUACUACCACUGCUAUCAUCACCCCAGUUUAGGCUGUCAUGACUCCACAUCUCUGUUGUUGAAACAGUCCAAACUAGUUACUACCCUAGAAUUCCCCUUCUAAUGCACACAAUACAUCACCACAGAUUGAUCUUACUCAGGGUAGUUUCAAUACUAUCAUUCUCGUAUUCAGAAAAAAAUUUAAUGAAUUCCUAUCACUUUCAGAAUUAAGUUAAAUUCCCCUAUCUUGCUAAGCAAAUCUUCCACAGUCUUAGCCUGACAUGGAUUGAAUGUUAAACAACAACAAUAAAAACAAACAAACCCAAGAUAUUGAUCCUAGCUUAUUGCUUAACCCAAAUGUAUUCACCUAUAAUAUGGUGAUAACAUCUCAUAAAAUUGUUAAGGGUGAAAUACCUUGAUGUACAUGAAAGUGUUAAGAAAUGAGUAUUCUGUUUGUUAUUUUACUGACUCAUUGCUCUGUUGAUAUGAAAACAGCUUCUCAUAUUGACAUGAGAGCAAAGCUGUAGGAGAGCUUCCAGAUUCUUGAGUGUGAUCACACAAAACAGAAAUCCCAGUACUGUUGUGCCAAUAAAACAAUGAAAGGAAUAUUGUUUCAUAAGAGUUAUGACUUUUACUACAGUUACAUAGCUUUCAACAAUUAUUCCAGAAUUUUAAAAAUGCUAUUUAACAUAAGAAAUGAAGUUCUGAAUUCCUUGAUGCCAAAACUACAUCUUUGCCAUCAUGUAAAACAAACAAACAAAUAACAAGGGAAAGACCAUUGUACUUUUCACUUUUCUGUUAACUUUUGGGGCUCUUAAAUUCAACUGAGUAUAAGUUAAAUAAUUGCUUACUCUUUUAAAUA